AUGUCCCUCCGCUGGCUUCUCUCCCGCGUACUAUCCCUCCUCCUGCCGCUGGCGAUAGCAAGCAGCCUUUUCCUCUAUUUUUACCCUGUCUUUCAUGGCUGUGCAUUCCCGCUGCCGGGGGAUGAUCGCACAGGGAUCCUCUCGAGUUCAUUUACCAGUGCGCUCCGCCAACACUUUUCACCGCAAUCUGCAGAGAACCCCGCGAUUUUUAGACUUCUAGUCCUAGCCGAUCCUCAGCUAGAAGGCGACAGCUCUCUCCCGAAGCCCGAAGAUGAGCUUCCUGCUCGGAUUCAACACCACUGGGCGACAGUGAAGUCGUCGGUGAACAGGACGGAGCCGGGUCAAAUUCUCACCGCCGUCUCAACUGCGCUGGAAUCCCUCGCCAACGAAGAUAUCCCUCGCGCUUUGCGUGCAGCCCGGAAACGGCUCGAUCUAUUGGGCAACGACUACUACCUUGCGCAUAUUUAUCGCACGCUACAUUGGUGGAGUCGUCCAACGCACGUCACAGUUCUGGGUGACCUGAUCGGGAGCCAGUGGGUGACAGACGAAGAGUUUGAUCGACGCGGCCGCAGAUACUGGGAGCGGGUCUUCAAGGGUGGAGAGCGCAUUGGCGAUGAUAUUACAGCAACUGGCGCAAGGGAUUAUAGCGGUAGCGAAGAGCAGAGUGGCGAACUAGAGACACUCAAUGCUACGCAUUCCGCAUGGACGCAGAGGAUCAUCAACAUCGUGGGGAACCAUGACGUAGGAUACUCUGGGGACGCAAGUGAGGCGCGGAUUGAGCGGUUCGAGCGCAUGUUUGGCCGUGCGAACUGGGAUGUGCGAUUUCAGCUCCCAUUAGAGCAGGUCGAUAGCAUGACUGCACCCUUCAGCGCUCCCCCGACUCUGCAUCUGAUCAAUCUCAACACCUUGACUCUCGACUCCCCGGCCCUGUCCUCGGACGUCCAGUCGCAUGGCUAUGCCUACAUUAAUGAUCUGAUCUCCCAUCGUUUGUACCCUGUGGAAGACCGCACGACAUUCACUCUCCUUCUUACCCACCUUCCCCUGCACAAGAAAGAGGGGAUAUGUACCGACGGCCCUUACUUCACGUUCCAUGAAUCAGACGACGAGGAUGGCCCCGACGAUGUACCGCGCUUCAAGGAAGGGGGACUGAAAGAACAAAACCAUCUGAGCGACCACAUCAGCAGCAGCGGAGUCCUCCAGGGGAUUUUCGGCAUGACAGGGGACGAAAGCGCCCCCGGCGGAGGAAGGGGAAGGAAUGGACUCAUCCUGACAGGUCACGACCACACAGGUUGCGACGUGGUCCAUUUUGUGAACCGAACGAUAGAUACAACAACCGCCGAAGACUCCGAACCCCAAAGUUGGAAAUGGGACGCACAACGCUACGAUAGCCAUACCGACAACUCAAAUCCUUCCAUUAGAGAGGUCACACUUCGCUCUAUGAUGGGUGAAUACGGCGGUAACGCAGGCCUACUUUCUCUCUGGUUCGAUACUACUGUGAAUGAAUGGCAGUAUGAGAUCACCAUGUGCAUGGCUGGUGUGCAGCAUAUCUGGUGGGCGGUGCAUAUCGUUGAUCUGGUGACUUGUGUUCUUCUUUUCGGGUAUAUAUUGGCUGCUUCAAGGUCGAAACCAGGCCGUACAAAGAUGAUCCGGGUUGGUCAGGAGAAGAAGAGGAAUUAA